UAAGUUUGCAUACAAACCAGAAAUAGAAGGUCCGAAAAGACCAAAAGACUAUUCGCUCUCCCUUGAAAACCACUCUUGCUCCAAGAAGAAUUCAAGUGUCCUCAUGUGAUUUUGAACUCUAAUAUGAUGAUUCUGUUGUGGUUUGUCGUCAAUAUUGCUGUCUUGGUCCACAGUUUGGAAGUGGACAUAAUUCCUUGCCUUGAGGCCCAUAAUGCCAAGCGCCGCUUCCACGGUGUACCAGAACUCAAUUGGGACGCUGAAUUAGCCGCUGGAGCAGCAGCUUGGGCUUCACAUCUUUCGCAGAAUAACAUUUUACAUAUAAGCAAUGCCAAUGGUGAAUACGGUGAAAAUCUGUACACAAUGACUGGUUAUGGUACUGUAGGGACAUGUGAGAAAGCCGUAGAAUAUUGGUACAAAAGUAUUAAAAACUACAAUUUCCAAGUCCCAGGGUACAGUACAACUUCUGGCACUUUUACGCAGAUUGUCUGGAAAUCCUCCUACAAACUAGGAGUCGGCAGAGCCGUGAAGAGCGUUGGCAAAAAUGGAUACCUGCAAACCGUAAUUGUGGCGCGGUACAGUCCCGCUGGAAAUAUUCGCGGUCACUUCGAAGCCAAUGUGCUACAGCCUAAAUAAAGCACAAAGAGUAGAA